AUGGUGAAAUGUGACCCACGUCACGGCAAGUACAUGGCCUGCUGCCUGCUCUACCGUGGUGACGUUGUGCCCAAAGAUGUCAACUCUGCCAUCGCCACCAUCAAGACCAAGCGCACCAUCCAGUUUGUGGACUGGUGUCCCACUGGCUUCAAGGUCGGUAUCAACUACCAGCCACCCACAGUGGUCCCUGGAGGAGAUCUGGCCAAGGUCCAGAGAGCUGUGUGCAUGCUGAGCAACACCACMGCCAUCGCUGAGGCCUGGGCCAGGCUUGACCACAAGUUUGACCUGAUGUACGCAAAGAGAGCCUUUGUGCACUGGUAUGUGGGAGAGGGCAUGGAGGAGGGAGAGUUCUCAGAGGCCAGAGAAGACAUGGCAGCCCUGGAGAAGGAUUAUGAAGAGGUGGGUACUGACAGUGUAGGGGACGAGGGGGAGGAGGAGGGAGAGGAAUAUUAA